AUGUACGACCAUUUCUCUCCCUACCUCUAUUCUCGAGUCGAGAUCAACAGAUUCAACAUGCUGAAGAUCAUGUACGGAUUAAACUAUGAUCUCGAGAAGCACAAGCAGGAAGGUAGACGUGUGCGAUCGAUGUUGGCUUUAGCUGUUUCCAAGAGAAACAUGGAUAUACUUCUGGAUAAGGUUCUGGGACCACCCCUUGAGGCCCACAAUCGAAAGGUCAAACUUCUCAAUAUGGUGAAAACUCUCGUGAUCACCGACUGCUACGCUGCGAAAGCCAUCGCUCGUUCUCUUCAUCCCGAGUAUUCAGACUACCUCGAUAAGGACAGUGAGCGAGAUAUCGAAGAUGAGAUGUACCGAAUGCAUCUCGAUCUGGAAUCACACCCAGAUAUCGAAGAGCCCUUUCCAGUUCCUAAACCCCGACCACUCGUCUUCCAAAAUGUCGAAAACAUUUCACUUGGAUAUCAAGUUCUCGCUGCCAACUUGUUCUACUCGAACUUCAAACACGACGGUGAACCUAUCAUCCAUCCUAUCGUCAAGGCUCUAGCCAAAGGUCUUGAUUGCAAGAAUGUCUGCCACGAUUAUGAAGCUUCGAUGAAAUACCAUAAAGAAGGUUAUGAUGAGAACUUCGAGCUCACCCUUGAACCUUUCUUGGAUAAUUGGGAUUUCACCACUUCCAAUUGGCAUAACAUGAAUCAAAUCAUCAUGCCUUGCACUCAUUCCACCCCAAAGAUGAGACUCUUCUUCGAUCCGGAUUCGGUUCAAGCGAGUAAAGUGAAGAUGGGAUUGAAAUCGAUCAAAAGCAGAGAAAGCGAUCGACAAUUCCUAAUCAAAUUUUUAGCUUACUUCAUUGAUUCGCAUUACUGGUGUUGUGCUCAUCCAAGAAAGGAAGAGGAGACUGUCAUUGAGAUUGUUUAUCCCACCAAGAACCACCCUUUGGUCAUACCUCAGGAAGAUGAGGUCGCCCAAGCUUCGUUGAGGUUCUACGACAAGAGAUUUGCCAGUGAGACCAGCGGUGAAGAUUAA